CUCUCCCUGCCUCAGUCAGCGUAGUGGAGGAAGCCGGCGCAGUCCCACAGCUGUGCUCUCUCUCUACAGCACACGCCGUUAAUCACAGACACGCUCUGCAGAAAAAGACAAAAAAAUAAUAAGGGGGAGAAGAGCAGGAUGAGAUGAAGGGGCAGACGGCAGAGGCGUCUGGAUGAGGGCAGGCACAACUGCAGAAGCGGCCAGGAGUGGAUCUGCACUUUGCCUCAUCUUUUUAGCCAGAUUACCUGAGUGUGGGACUGAAAUGGCACCAGAGCACUGAGAUGCAGCAGGAGAGAAGAGGAGGAAGAGGAAGCAAGCGGAUUCUCCCUUGACACAGAACGGACAGGACGGGCAGAGUGUCUGGCAGAGGAAGCGUCGGGGUCCAGAGCAGGCAAGAGAGCGUGCGAGAGCGAGGGAGAGAGGAGGGGAGAGCAUCCUUUUUUGGGAGGAAGAAUCGCUGGGCUCAGAGGAGGAAACGACUGAGCGAGUGUCCGAGCGAGGAAAUUAGGAGACUGACACGCUACUGGAGGAGGCAAACUCCGGCCGUUUGGGGAACGAUCGGAGGCUGCCGGACACACAGAACGUGAAGGUGUGGAUGGAAGGAGAGAAGCCUGUCAGUGACAGACGAGCAGACGGAUAACAGGAGGAGAGGACAGGAGCUGAAACACUGCGCAGUGUCAACCUGCUGGACGUGUUCACUGACACUCAAAGCUCCUUUUCCUUGCAGGAUAGCCUCCUUUCCUGCCACCUCCCACCCUGUGGCUGCCCCUGCUUUCCACACCAGGCUUCCUCUCCUCUCCUCUUCACCUCCUUCCCCCUUUAAUGCGCUUAGAGGUGUGCCACUUCGACCCACCCCGACUCUGGUCCUGACCCCAAGGGGGGGCUGGAGCAGAUGCAGCUGGAGUGGGAGCCCCGGCCUGGUGACCCCCAGAAUCCCAAUCCCCGUGAGACUGCCCUCCUCUGGUGAGGAGAAGAACUACAUGCUGUCAAUAAUCCAAAAAAAAUAUAUAAAAAUGACAGUCUAAUUUGGGAGUAAUGAAGGGAACGACAUGAUGGACAGCACACCAAGGGAAGUGGCAACAGACACAUGGGGGUGCACUGGACCCGCAGAGGGAGGCACGAGCUGAAGAGCAUGGCGGCCUGGCGGUGCUGCCCACUGUUUCAGACGACCCAGAACCCCAGGGAGAAGCUGAGCUCAUGCUGACACCAGACCAGGCACCGGCGGAUGGGGGGUGCGGUGUCAAGUUCCAAUUCUCCUGAACUGAAACGGAUACAAAAUCCCAAACUGAAAGCCAGGACUCCCCUACAUGCCGUCCAUGCGUCCCGGGAAGAGGAGGAGGGUCUCUGUAGCCCCCGGACCUGCCAGUGACAGCCUCCCUGGGCACCCCCUGGCACGUGGAGCUGAUUUGAACCCUCGGCUGACACAGACAGUGAAGGUCUGUGAGUAACCCCCAUCUACAAUGCCACAAAUCUCACCCCAACACCCAUCCCGUAAACCGAGCCCAUCCCUCACUCAGCUGCUGCCUCCAGCUGUCCAGCCUCCCAGUGCCUCACUGCCUGACGAUUCCUCCACGAAGCUCCAAAGUCCCAGCAGAACUCUCCAGCCAUUUGUGAAGCUCCAGCUCCACAUCUGCUCCGCCUCAGCAGUGCGUGGCUCUGCCCUGCUUCCCUUUCAUUGGCUGGCCUUGGUCACCAGCACCUGUCUAUUGCCCGCCCUGUGGGGGAGGGGCCUGGGGGCGUCGGCAGGUGAGACGUGGGGCAUGGUGUCUACCUGCCCCUUCCACUGCGUGUGCCGGAACCUGUCAGAGUCGCUGAGCACCCUGUGCGCUGACAAGGGCCUCCUGUUCGUGCCACCCAACGUCGACCGGCGCACCGUGGAGCUCCGGCUGGCCGACAACUUCAUCCGCGAGGUGGGCGGUGACGACUUCGCCAACAUGACAGGGCUGGUGGACCUGACCCUGUCCCGGAAUACUAUUCAUGCCAUCCGGCCGCUGGCCUUUGCUGACCUGGAGAGCCUGCGCUCGCUGCACCUGGAUGGCAACCGGCUAACAGUGGUCGGCUCACGCGACCUGACGGGCCUACUCAACCUGCAACACCUCAUCGUCAACAACAACCAGCUGAUCGACGUGUCAUCCGAUGCCUUCGAUGACUUCCUGCCCACGCUCGAGGACCUGGACCUGUCCUACAACAACCUGCGCAAGGUGCCCUGGGAAGCCAUUCAGAACAUGGCCAGCCUGCACACACUGCACCUUGACCACAACCUCAUCGACCACAUCAUGGAGGGCUCCUUUGGGGAGAUGUACAAGCUGGCUCGGUUGGACUUGACGUCAAACCGGCUGCAGACUCUGCCCCCCGACCCCCUGUUUGCCCGUUCGCAGACCGGUGUGAUAAGUCCCACCCCGUACAAUGCCGUGGUCAGCCUGACUUUUGGUGGGAACCCGCUGCACUGCAACUGCGAGCUGCUGUGGUUACGCCGGCUGGUGCGGACAGACGAGAUGGAGACAUGCGCCACCCCCAUGCACCUGUCCGGCCGCUACUUCUGGUCCAUCCCUGAGGAGGAGUUCAUCUGUGAGCCCCCACUCAUAACCCGGCACACACACAAGCUCUGGGUGCUGGAGGGCCAGCGGGCCACCCUCAAGUGCCGUGCCAUCGGCGACCCUGAGCCGGUCAUCCACUGGGUGUCCCCGGACGACCGCAUUGUGGCCAACACCAGCCGCACCCGCUCGUACCGCAACGGCACGUUAGACAUCCUGGUGACGCGGGCACGUGACGACGGCGCCUACACCUGCAUCGCUAUGAACGCUGCUGGUGAGGCCACCGCCCUGGUGGACCUCAAGAUCAUCCCACUGCCACACCGUGGCAACGGCACCACGCCCCGUGUCUACGGCCGCGACCCCGCCUCUUCUGACAUCACUAAUGGCAAGGGAGGCACCGACGGACCCGGGACCUCGGCUGUGGCCCGCAACAUCACAGCGCAGGACAAGUCCUGGGGGAGGGGGGACAGCAGAGUGGGGGUGCUGGGGGUGACGUCGAGCACGGCGCAGGUGCACUGGCACCUCGGAAGGUCCUCGGGGGGCUACGUGGUGUGGAUGUACCAGAUUCAGUACAACUGCACUGCCGACGAGACCCUGGUUUACAGGAUAUUGCCCUCAACCAGCAACAGCUUCCUGCUGAAAAACCUGGUUUCCGGGGCGGAUUACAACCUGUGUGUUCUGGCCAUCUUCGACGACACCAUCACUUCCUUGGCGGCCACCAAGGUGCUGGGCUGCGCCCAGUUCAGUACUAAGGACGAUUACCCAGAAUGCCGCUCACUGCAGGCUCACUUCCUGGGCGGCACGCUGACGCUGAUGGUGGGCGGGGUGGUGGUGGUGACCCUGCUGGUGUUCACCGUCACCAUGAUGGUGAGGCACCGGGCAUGCAGCAGCCACGGCGGCCCGCAUGGUGACGGCGAGGAGACCGGCUGUCAUGGCUCGUCCUCACCCCCUCUACCCAAAGGGACCAAUGUGUACUCACAGACCAAUGGGAGUGGGGGGGUGACCAUGGUGGUGCUGCCCCAGCAAGAAGAGGUCAGGGGGGCACUCCCCAAGGUCAAACCUCCAACCCUCCCCAAGCCCAAGUUCGUCCCGGAGCAGUUCCGUGUGGGACCCACAAAAAACAGCUCAGGGGUGACUUUUCCAAAUAAACAGCUCCUGCCUUACCCCCCCGAGGCUGAAAAAGCUGCCCUGUAUCACAACCCACCUGCUCAUGCCUCCACGUUACCCAAGCAGCUCAAACGGCGCCCCCUGGAGGAGGGUGACACAAUCAAAAGAGCCAAACUGAGACUGCCUGUCCUAUAUGGGUAUGACGAAGGCGUGACGGAGUGGAGGUACAGUACGGUGGGAGGGACAGUGGUGAAGCGGGGGGGAGGCAGCAACUGGAGGUCCUCCAGUGCCUACCAGAGCCCACCUCCCAGGAGCCCCUCCCCCAGCCCCAGAGUGACAGCCGGCCGAUCCAGACGCAGCUCUUCUCUCGAUAUGGGCGAGAUCGCCACCAGCGCCUACUACAGCUACGCUAAGCAGCUGAGUGUCCUGUGGACGCGGCGGAGCCAGUCGCUGCACGGCAUGCUGGCCCAGUGCACUUCCACCCCUGCGGAAGCCCACACGGCCCGCGGAUACUUACGCGCCUACAACACCAACAACUCCAACUGUAAGGCAGGCACUGAGGUCAAAGCCAGGCAGCUAGAGGAGAGCGUGGUGUAG